AUGGCUGCUGCGGCUGCUGCAGCUGUUGGCGCGGUGGGGGUGCACGAGGACUUCUUUGCAAACCCAAUUGUGGACGGUGACUAUCCGGACCCCGGAGCAACAAGGAUUGGCGACCACUACUACUUGGUAGCAACAGGCGGUGGCCCGCAAGGUGCCUUCCGCAUGCUUCGGUCUUCUGAUUUGGUGCAUUGGGAGAGUUGCGGCCAGGUGUUCUCCUCCAAGAGCCUUCCGGUCUGGAGUGGGGGAGCCCAUGGCCAGAAGUGCGACUACUGGGCCCCGGAGAUACACCAGCUGCCAAGCGGCAGGACCGCCGUCUUCUUCAGUGCCCGCGAGCCAGCGCCGGGCCGGGCCUUGCACAUUG